AUGACAGCAGUUACAAAGCUGAUCGAUGGGUAUCUUGUUGAAGUUGCUCCUGAUGUCAAUCUCAAGCUUCCAAAGUUCCAAGCUUUAGCUGCUUCUGUUCCUGGAUACGCAAGACUCUUAGAUGAUGGACUCUGUCGCGCAAUAGACAUUUACCUAAAGAUCGCCAUACGAUCUCAAGGAGUCGACCCUUGUCGUCUUCCUCCUCUCACGUGCGCCCUGGAUAACGGUGAUCACUCAUCUUCUUCGGUGUCAUUUGGUUUAGUGAUCAGCCAAAGAUUUCUUUGCCUCCGUCAGCGACUGAGAACCUUGACAACGGAUCAUUAUAACUCGUCGGGAUCUUCUAUGGGGUCAACGAGUCGGGCUAACACUGCUCAUAUGGCAGAUGUUAAAGGGAAAGAUCCACAUCAUAGACAUGAUACGAGAACCGGUGAUCGGAGGGCUUUUGAUUCAAAAUUGGAAGGAGCUACUGAUCAAAGCAACCAGCAUUCAAACAGGGUGAUGCGGAGAAGAUAUGAAAGGCAUGAUUCCUCGAAACUCAACAGCUACCGCCGUGGAAAAGGUCCUUAUGACCGCACGACUGCUUCGACUUGGCGCGUCAAAAGGAGAGAUCAGGAAGGUAAUGCCUCUCCUAUGGAACGUGGUGCAGCUAGAGGUGACCCGGUUGAUAGACGUGGCGCCACUCCUUCGUCCCAUGACGCAGCUAGGGUUGAUAUGGAGAAACAGAGCUCGAACACUCAACUUAGCAGUGAGGUUAUUACUUCGGGCAACUUGGGUCAAAAUAAGCGGCUGGCGAGUACCAUCGUAUCGCCUGAAUUAAGAUUAACAAUGGAGGGUAAUGUUACACUGCGGAACAAGAACGUCAAAAAGCCACUUACUUUCUCCGCGCGCGAGCACCCGCCUGAGGCUGAUGAGCAAGUCAUUGGGGCUUUAUCGGACAUGGAGGUUCAACAUGAGGAUGGAGUUGACGAGCAGUUGUUGGCUGGUGAUGAUCUAUUUGAUGAGGAAUUAAAGGAUUUGGAGGAUAAGUCACACUCUCCUGAAGCUUUACCUCCACGCCGAAGAGAUCAUGAUUCGAAUGGGAAAAAGGCGGCUAGGAAUCAUACAUCGAAGCCGGAGUACCUCCGUCGAGGUUCUCCAAGACUUAGAGUACACAUGUCCUCAUCUCAAAGAGUCGGGGCAAGCGAGAAGCCUAGGCGGUCACACAACAGA